AUGCCCGCUUAUCACUCAACUUUUCCCGUUGAUCCCCAGACCGACCGUAUGGUUGGUAAUAUCGUUUUACUCCCACUAAAUACUAAGUUUAGAGGCCCUGCGUAUCCAGCCAAUUCCGAUUAUGAUAUAAUAGAUGAGUGCCUGGACCUUUUCCGUGCAAACUCGUUCUUUAAGAACUUCGAAAUAAAAUCCCCAGCUGACCGGUUGCUGAUUUAUGGUAUCCUGUUUAUCAAUGAAUGUUUGUCUCACUUGAGAUCCACCACGAACUAUAAUGAAGCCGUGAAAAUCUCAACUAACGUUGCAUUAGACAAUUUUGUGCUUCCUGGUUCUUCAGGUUUCCCAUUAAAUACAGUUUACACUGUACCCCUAGAGGAUCAUAAUGCUAUGGAGUUGUUACGAACUUACAUUCAGCAAUUCCGUCAGGAAUUAGCUAUGAGGCUACUAGAUAGGCUUUACAGGGACUCGAAAGAACGCCCAUCAAAGUUCUGGCUUGCAUUUACCAGAAGGAAAUUCAUGAACAAGUCAUUAUGA